AUGGUUUUCCUACGACUCACCGUCAAGGUCUACCCCCGAGACCAGGCGCCACCCUCCAACUCUUUCUCCUUCCGCUCGCUGCUGGGCGAUCGCGAACGCGACGAUGCCAGCCGCGCUUCCUCCAACACAACGGCCGGAAAGCCCGCGAGCUUUCUGAUCGUCCUAGAGAAUCCGGAAGAAGUCACACUGGGUGGGUUGGCCGGAAUGAUAAGGGAGAAAUGGAGGAAGUUGAGGCCGAGUGUAGAAUCUCUUCAGAUCAAGAAACUCCUCGAUGAUGACCAUGAAUCCGAUGACCUCGAUACCGAUAUGACGGUUGCGGAUGUGUUUGUGGACAAUGGAAAGGCGCGUGCCGAUGGCCAUGACCAACGCAGGGCCGUUCGUGUUAUCCAGAAGCCAGCCAAUGGAGAAGUGUCUCCCGUGCGGUUCCCUUCGGUUACGCAGGAUUGGGAUGCUGCGGCUGAGCACUACGAAAUCCAGCGCCAGAAGAAGCAGCAGCAGGAGGCGGGACUUGCUGUCAAGAAGCUGGGUGCCAUUGCGGAAGAACCUCAAGGAGGACAUGGCUCAACAUCGCCGGUGGAUUUUGGGGACUGGUCUAAUUAUACUCCUAAUCGGACCCAUCGCAGAGACAUCCCCGUGUCCUCUGUUGAGAAGGAUGAUGAAAUCCCUGUCUCGCCAUCUCAGCCACCACGCCAGUCAUCAACUCGGGAAUUUUCACGGGAACUCAAUGGUGAAGAUUCCAGUGCUCCUCAGGGGCACCGUAUGGGAAGCCAAGAGCUUGGUGAUUCGCCUCGUUCGUCUCGCGCAGCAACACCGAAGAAGCCUACCCCUACCAGACGUGAUUCAGCGCAUAGUCGGGGGUCAACAACUCGAUCCGGAACCGGCGACGCCCGUGAUUUCGACUCCCCUGCACUACAGUUGAGACACGAGCACACCAAUUCGGUAUCUCCACAGAAAAAGCCCGCUCCGGAGGUGGCCAAGCCCAACGCAAUCUCCCUGGACGAGGAAUCGCGAAGCGAAGAUGAAUCUUAUUCGAGUGACGAAAUCCCCGAAAAGAAUGACAAGGAUAAAGCGGAUAAGGACGGUGACAUUGCUAUGGGCGAAGAUUCUACGCCUAAUAAGAAGCAGUCUCCGGUGGCUGCUAAGCAGCGCGCAACUGCCGUCGAAAUACCCGCUAGCUCUGCUGCCACCGACUCGCAGUUGCGAAAGCGCAAAAAUAGUGCCGACCACACAUCUCCUCACAAAGAACCGCGCUUGGAUAGAACUACCCCUCCCGCUGCCGUAAAUGGUGACAAACGACUCAACAACCUUUCUCCUGGGACCCCUAGAUUCAGCCCGUCAGGAAGGCGACUGGGGGGGACGGAGUCUUUCACCGGAGUUGCCCGCCGUCUCAGUUUCUCGGAACGACCAUCAGAACCUCCUAGCCACGGCUUGGGACUGGGUAUUACCAGGAGUCCACCUAAGAAGCCAUCGGUAUUAGUUGAUCUGUCUCAGAAUUCGACGCAAUCGGGUGGAGAUGUUCCUCAAAGCACUCCGAUACCCACCAGUAGUGCACCUACAGCUCGGCAGGGUUCAGUCACGCAGAAUAUCUCGACUCCGGCAAACGUGCAGAACCCGGCCGAUAAGUUGAAGAAUUUACACUCUGCCUUACGAAAAGAUGCCUCUGUUGAGAGAAACUCUGUGCGCCGCUCAGUUUCAUUCGCAGGGGACGAUGAUGUUCAUAUCACGGCCUCGCAGCCGGCACCAACCUCAACACCCAUGGAAACAGCCAAGCCUUCUGAGACCGGACCGGCCUCGGAGAAAAGGAGAUCUAGCGGGUCAAUGGUUUUCCCUCCAGGUGUUUCCAUGGAGCGCAUUGCUCAGCUUGAACGCGAGGCAGAGGAGAAAAUCGAACGCCGGAAGAAUGAGCGAGCCGAGUUUGAGGGAAAGAUCAAGGCUGUUGAGAAGGACAAAACCAAGUCGGAGUAUGCGAAGAAACUCAAGAUGGCGUACAAAACCUGGCAAUCGAUCCUCACUAAUGAGAAGAACGGCCGGAAGAAUCGCGCGGAAAGUGCGGCUAGACUUGAGAACGAGCUCAAGAAACAACGAGCAGAGAUCAAGAAGAUGGAAAAUUCGAUGAACAAACCGCCGUCGCAGGACAAGGUAACGAAAUCGCAAACUCAGAAGCCCGUAAAAUCUCAGACGGAUACAAAGAAGGAUACUCCAGGGUCGUCAAAGCGGAGUUCUACACCAUCUACCGAUGAGACGAAGAAAUCACAGUCUUCUCAAAAGUCUCCGAAGCCCCAACAGGAUGCGAAGGAUGAUGCUUCGGCAUCACCAAAACCGACAUCCGCACCGGCUACUGAUCGGAACACGAAAUCACCAGUAAGCAUUUCGGGUUGGAAUGCGAUCAACGCCAAAUCCCCGACGAGCACUGCAAAAUCAGCCGCUCCCACAGCGAACGGGACUGCCCCCAAGUCUACUCCCAAGGAACCUACCGCACGUACAGUAGCAACUAGAACUCUGUCAGGAUCAAAGGCAUCCAAACCGGCAUCAAUUCAGUCGCAGAACUCGACAGCGUCCGAUGAGAUCGAUCUACCCGCUAUGAAGGUGCAAGCCCGCACCAAUGCCAAUCCAACUAAGAAGGCCGCUCAGGAGCCAGUGGAGGUAUCUUCGUCAUCAGAGUCCGAGGAAGAGACCUCCUCAGAUGACUCCUCCGAAUCCGAGUCCGAGUCCGAUUCCUCUGACGAAGAGACCAAGAACAAGAUGCCAGGCGCCGCGACAUCAUCCUCAACUAAGUCUCCACAGAAGGCCAGCAAAGCCGCAUCUCCUCCCUCUGCCCAACGAACCACCAAAUCCCCCGCCCCAUCUUCACAGCAAACAUCCCAGGCUCCGUCCCAGGGCGAAAGCUGGCGCUGGCCCAGAGCCUCCCAAGCCUCAUCUACCCGCCUUUCACUCAAGAGCAUAAAGGGCGAAGUCGCAAGCCAAGCCCAAGCCCAAGCGGCUGCAAAGGUAGCUCCUCAGAAGCGUGGCCAGCCACGUAAGGAUCUCUUCUCGCCGCCUGAUAGCGACUCGGAUGAGACGGAGAGUGAAAGUGAAAGCGAGAGCAGCAGUAGCAGUGACGACAGUGAUAGCGGCAGCGACGAUAAAAAAGGCACUGGUGCUAAUGGGAGCAAGCGCAGCAACAGCCCCGGUAGUGUUGCUGAUGCCGGCGACAUUAUGUCUAGCGGACAGGUUCAGAAACUGAGGCCUGCGCGCCUUGGGGGAAGAGUUUAG